AUGUGGAGACUGAACUUGGUGCUGAUGUUCGCCAUCUGCGCGAGCUUUUGGACGAUAUUCCCGUUGACGUCAUCUCUUACGGCGUUAGUGCUCACCGAAAAUUCUUCUUGGACCGCUCGAGAGGACGCAUACAGACGACAACUGCUCACCUGUAAACCAGAACUACGGGAAUGCUUCGAGAAGAAACUGGGCAGGUCCAGUAGAAGACAUGCACGUGUUCUCGAUGAAAACGAUGUUGGGAAAUGUCUCGACAAUCUGGAACCUGUGUUUGAUAAACUUGAAGAAAGAAUUCAGAAGACAGCAAAGGAGAACGGAAGUGGACAGGAAACGUGGCUGUUUGGUCCUGAGUUUACAGCAGCUGAUAUUACUCUCGCCGUAUUAAUGAUUCGCUUAGCAACAAUUGGGGUCAGUAGACGCUAUUUCUCGAUAGAAAAGCGUAAAGGUGUCUUUGAUUACUACAUACGGAUGAACAAAAAACAACCAUUAUAA